AUGACUCGUCGCGCAGUCGUUUCGUCCUUCAUCUUCAAGUUCCCUCCCAACCGGGGCCCCAAGUUGCCCUGUUCCGACGGAGCGGCAAUAGAUCGCCUUGCGCCAGUAUCAGGCAGCAUAGAGAAAGACGACCCGUCACCCCUCGAUGCUGCCUGGCGAGAGAUCCGCGAGGAGACGACGCUGACGCCGGCGACGCUGACACUGCUCCGCCAAGGCAAAGAUUACCGUUUUGCUGACGACAAGAUUGGCCGCGAAUGGACUAUCUACCCCUUCGCGUUCCGCCUCAAGUCCCAUGAGGACGAGUCGCGCAUCCAGAUUGACUGGGAGCACCAGGGAUUCCAGUGGUUCGACCCCCACGAGGUCCGCGAUGUUGACGAGUUUGGUGGCGUGCCGCGGCUGGCCGAGAGUCUAAGGCGCAUCUGGUUCGAGAUCGAGCUUGGCGAGAGCAGGGGAAAGGUCCUGAGCGAGGGGUUGCUUGCCCUGCAGAAGGAUCACGAGAGCGGGGCACGGCAGCUGGCGGGGAAGGCGCUUGAUGUGCUCCUGUCGGUGAUCUCCGAGAAGUCUAGUGUCGAACAGGAUGGCUCUCUGGAUAAGUGGUGGCGGAACACCCGUCUUGCGGCAUGGCACCUGUGGAAGAACGGGCGGGAGAGCAUGGGAGCCGCGAUCCUGAACAACAUUGUUCGAUCCCUGGCCAUCAUCGAGAAGGAAGUGCAGCAAGUGAAGGACAACAAGGUGUCGCCAGAGUUUCUAGGCAGAGUCACACAGAAGCUACGCGACUUUGCGUCAUUGAGAGAUUCUUCGGUCGACGGCAUCUGGAAGUCGUUCCAGGCGUUCCUCAGGGAGGAGCAUGGUUCCGGUCGACCGGUCCGGAUUCUCACCUUGUCGUCGAGUUCAACCAUUCUUGAGUGUCUCCAGAGAGCAAUCGCAGGCUUCAACUCGGAGUUUGACAUCCGGAUACUCGAAUCACGUCCGCUUUUCGAGGGCGUAUCAAUGGCAUCUCGCUUGGUCAACCGCCUGCGCGAGUCGGGACACAGAGAGAAGAAGGUAGAGGUCGCGAUAUAUACUGACGCCGCCGCGGCGAUCGCGAGCAAGGACGUGGAUCUGGUCCUCGUUGGCGCCGACAUCAUCGGAGAGGAUGGAUCGACGAGCAACAAAACAGGCUCGCUACCAGCAGUCCUUUCGGCUAAGCACUGUUCUCCUCACGCCAAGGUCUUGGUUCUGGCCGAGAACGAGAAGAUUCUGCCCUACGAGCCGCCCGGGUUUGAAGAGAAUGACAUUGAGGAGGUAGUGGCGUCCUGGAAGCAUAACUAUACCAUGCAGGAAGCCGCCUUGACUGUCCUGGACAGUGCACAUGAGCCGAACUCUGACGAAAAGGGGAUAAAGGCAAGCGUCAGGAACGUCUAUUUCGAAUGGGUGCCUACAAGUAUGAUCGACGGGUAUAUGUUUGAGGAUGGCCAGAAGAGCGCAGAGGAUAUCUCAGAACUUGCAGCCCAGAUACGCCGUGAGGCGGAUGUCUUCUUCUCCGAUGUCUAA